UUUAAUCUUUUUGUGUUUUUUGAAAAAUCUCUCUCUCCCCUUAACUCACUCUCAAAUCAUGGCAAAUUCUUUGACAUUCCAGCUGUUUCUCUCCUUGUGAUAUGAUGUGUUAGUGGCCUUUUCAGGCCUUCAAAAACCAAACGCUUAAACCCCUCUCAACUUCUCCUCAAGCCCAAGAAAAUAAAAAAUCAUGAAGUCCUUUUUUUCUUUGUACUCUACAGAAAUGUUAUGGUAGCCAUGGAUAGGAAUGGUAUAUAGCAUGGGCUAUUAUUCUUGAAAGAUUCUUUCUUUGCGGUAUAGAGGACUGCCUGAUAGCUUCUUCAUCUUCUACUUUCUGUUGUUGUUUAUAAAGAAAGACCUUUUCUUUUGGGAAAAGAAUGGAUUAUGGCAGUGCUGGAGGAGGAAGUGGUGGUGGUGGUGGCGGGGACCAUGAUUCCUCUGACCCUCAAAGGAGGAAGAAGCGUUAUCACCGCCACACUGCUCACCAGAUUCAGAAGUUGGAAUCAAUGUUUAAGGAGUUUCCACACCCAGAUGAGAAACAAAGGUUACAGUUAAGUAGAGAGUUGGGUUUGGCACCAAGACAGAUCAAGUUUUGGUUCCAAAACAGGAGGACCCAGAUGAAGGCUCAACAUGAAAGAGCAGAUAACAGCUCUCUUAGAGCUGAGAAUGAUAAGAUCCGGUGUGAGAAUAUAGCCAUUAGAGAGGCGCUCAAGAACGUUAUUUGCCCCUCUUGUGGGGCUCCUCCUGUUACGGAGGAUUCCUAUUUUGAUGAACAGAAAUUAAGAAUCGAGAAUGCUCAAUUGAAAGAAGAGCUUGAUAGAGUUUCUAGCAUUGCUGCUAAAUACAUAGGGAGACCAAUUUCCCAACUCCCUCCGGUGCAACCUGUUCACAUAUCUUCAUUGGAUUUAUCAAUGGGGAAUUUUGGUGGCCAAGGUCUUGGUGGUCCUGCACUUGAUCUUGAUCUUGAUCUUGAUCUUAUCCCGACUAAUUCAAAUUUGGCUUUUCAACCGCCUGGCAUUUCGGACAUGGACAAGUCUCUCAUGACUGCUGUUGCUGCAAACGCUAUGGAGGAACUGUUGAGGCUUUUGCAAGCUAAUGAACCUUUAUGGAUGAAAUCGUCCACUGACGGGAGAGAUGUUCUUAAUCUCGAUAGCUACCAAAGGAUCUUUCCAAGGGCUAUGAAUCACUUAAAGAAUCCCAAUGUUCGAAUUGAAUCAUCCAGAGAUUCAGGUGUUGUUAUCAUGAAUGGUGUAGCCUUGGUUGACAUGUUUAUGGAUUCAAACAAGUGGGUCGAAUCAUUUCCCACCAUCGUGUCUGUGGCAAAGACCAUUGAAGUCAUUUCAUCUGGAAUGUUGGGUAAUCACAGCGGUUCCUUGCAACUGAUGUAUGAAGAGUUGCAGGUGCUUUCACCCCUGGUUCCAACUCGGGAAUUCUGUAUCCUCCGGUAUUGUCAGCAAAUUGAGCAAGGCUUGUGGGCAAUUGUUAGUGUUUCAUAUGAUAUUCCACAGUUUGCUUCCCAAUUUCAAUGUCACAGGCUUCCCUCUGGAUGCUUGAUUCAGGAUAUGCCUAAUGGAUACUCAAAGGUUAUUUGGGUGGAACAUGUAGAGAUAGAAGACAAAGCCCCAACCCACCAGCUUUAUAGGGAUCUCAUUCACAGCGGUAUGGCCUUUGGAGCAGAACGGUGGCUUGCUACACUGCAAAGGAUGUGUGAAAGGGUGGCAUGUCAAAUGGUGUCAGGAAGUUCAACUCGAGAUCUUGGAGGAGUAAUUCCAUCACCAGAAGGUAAGAGAAGUAUGAUGAAACUUGGCCAACGAAUGGUCAGCAGUUUCUGUUCUAGCACAAGCACAUCUAACAGCCACCGAUGGAGCACACUAUCCGGGUUGAAUGACGUUGGAGUUCGAAUUACACUCCAUAAGAACACGGAUCCUGGCCAGCCUAAUGGUGUAGUUCUAAGUGCGGCGACUACAUUUUCGCUUCCAGUAUCUCCUCAAAAUGUCUUCAAUUUCUUCAAGGAUGAAAAGACUCGACCACAGUGGGAUGUUCUCUCUAGUGGCAAUGCAGUCCAAGAAGUUGCCCAUAUUGCAAAUGGGUCCCAUCCUGGGAACUGCAUAUCUGUUCUUCGAGCCUACAACACUAGCCAGAACAAUAUGUUAAUACUUCAAGAGAGCUGCAUCGACUCAUCAGGUUCACUUGUAGUCUAUUGCCCUGUCGAUCUACCAGCCAUCAACAUAGCAAUGAGUGGGGAGGACCCUUCCUAUAUACCUCUUCUGCCAUCAGGAUUCACCAUUUCACCUGAUGGUUAUCCUGACCAAGGAGAUGGUGCAUCCACAAGCUCUAAUACACAAGGACGCAUGGCUAGGUCGAGUGGUUCACUAAUCACAGUAGCUUUUCAAAUAUUAGUUAGCAGCUUGCCAUCUGCUAGACUGAACCUGGAGUCAGUGAAUACCGUUAAUAGCCUUAUUGGAACCACCAUCCAGCAAAUUAAGGCUGCCUUGAGUUGUCCUGGUUCCUGAUGACCUGAUUCUGCUACUGCAAACACAACUUGUUCCUUUCUCUCUACCAACUUUAAAUAUGGAGAUCGGAAAAAAUUGAAAGUCUUGUGUUUGCUGGUAGUAUUCAAUGUGGGAGAAAAGUAUUGGGGUUAGUUGGGACCUUGAAUGCCCUCUCAUCAAGAACCAAGAUGCUCAUUUACUGCUGCUGCUGCUAAUGCCUGUUUUUGCUGCCAUAAUUCAUUACUCUCUACACCACCCAAAUUUUAUUUAUUUUUUUACAAGCCCUUUUUUUGGAUUUUGCAAAAAUUUACGCUGGAAGAGUAGUCAUUUAAGAGGGAGUCAAGAACGCACCAUCCAUGUCUUUCUUGCUUAGAAGGGGUAGUAAUGAAACUGCCAUCCUUUCCUUGCAAUCUUUCUGUCAUUACCACCCCAACUCAGCUAGAAAAAAAAAUUUGUGGUUCGGGUAUUGACUUCCGUUCAUGUACUUGCAAUCUAUCUAUCCAUAUAAAUGCUCUCUCUCUCUC